GCCCGGGCCGGCGGCUGGGGGACCCGGCCCGGGUUCGACUGCGGUCCCGGACCCGACCCGGCCCCGAGGCGCCGCCGGAGGGCGCGGAGGUGAGCGAGGCGCGGAGGGGUCGCGGGGGGACGGGGCGUGGGGCUGCCCCCGGGGUCGGCGGCCUCGACCCGCCCGGCGCGACGGGGGGAAUUCGAGAAAAUGUUCGGGGUCUUUUUUUCCGGCGGCGGAUUUUUUUUUUCCCGUGGACGCGGGGCAUCCCUCUUCGUCGCAGCUUUGCCCUCGGCUGCCCGGGGGCUGGAGCCGCUCUGCUUGGAGCUCGCGGUCCGCCCGUUCGUAGUGCUGCGGAGAGCCCGGGCGAAGAGGUCUGCCUCCCCCCGCUGCGCCGAGCCCUCUGCAGCGCGUUCCCUGCGAUCCGUCCGUGUUCCAAGCGGGCAUCGCUUUCCGAAGGAGCUGCGCGCACGGUGCCCGCAUGUCGUGCGGGCUGAAAGGCGCCGCGCAACCCGAGAAGGGCGAACCGACAGCCGGGUCCGCUGCCGGGCAGCGGCGCGGUGGGAAGAUGAGGAGCGAAGGAAGGCUCGGGAGGGGUGCAGCUGGCCCGGACCCAGAGGGAGAAACAGCAGAGCUCGUGAGGGGGGAGCUCAGACGGCCUUCGUGGACUGACAGCUGACCUGGAAAGCGGUGGGGUUUCAGCAGGGCUAAGGCUGGAGGGAGGGCUGGAGAAGAGGGACGGAGCCUCACGAGGGACUGUGGGAAUGCUUGCUGUGGCGGUAGGGGCAGAGAGCCCCGGCAGAGCAGUUGUGAAGAAAUGAGUAACUCCUUUACCUAAUGACCUGAAAGCAGGAAAGUUGCUGAAAGAUGAACAGAUCCACAGAUCUUAUUUUGGGUGGUGGCUUCACUUGGAAACAGGUGUAAUGUCAGCAACUGUCACAAAGCAAGAGCGAUGGACAGAACCUCACCUCAGUGCCAAUCUGUGUGAGGGCUGUGGUGUGUUGAGGGGUUCUGGAGCUGAUGUCGUCGUGUCACAAGCCCAUCAAUGUCCCAGCAAAGCUUCAUCUGCUUAGGGAGUAAAAAGGAAACAGAGAGAACAUUCAGAGGAGAAUGAGAAACAGAGGAGCACAUUCGGCACAUCCAUCUUGGGCAAAAGCCAGGCCUGUUUUGUAUUGCUGAGACUGGAUGGAGGGAACCACCAUUCAGGUAGCUUAAGGGGUCUGUCCUUAGGAGUUCAGCCUACCUGCAUAAGGACAUGAGCCACCAAUGCCCUUGGCCUGCAGCCGGUUCUGGCUUGUUAGGAGUGAGACUAUGCCACGCUUGCUUUGUCUCUCUUGCCACCUGGUGCCUGAGGUGGAGGAGACUCACAGCCAUGUGGGACCAAUGCUGGAGCUUCUGGGAUGGUUUGGAAGAUCACAGCAUUUCUUCUGGGAGAGCAAGCUCUGAUGGGAACAAGAAUGCUCAGAAUGCCAAACUGCCUGCUAAAGCUGACCCGGGUGGUGCUGGGCCACAAGCUCAGGGCUCUCUUCAUCCUUGCCUUUAAGUUCAUGUCCUUUGUCUCCAUUGUGCUGUACUGGAGGAUCACACAGGACUCUAAGGGCAGGGACCAAACCUACUUGCCUGUUCAGAUCCACUGUGCUCACUCUGUUCCGUCUCCUCCCUGUGCCGUUGCUGAUGGACCUUCUCCUCCCCCAGGAGAUGUGUUUUUUGUGGAAACCUCCGAACGAACCAACCCAAAUUACCUGUUCAUGUGCUCUGUGGAGUCAGCUGCCCGGACGCACCCGGGGACAAGGGUUGUGGUGCUCAUGAAAGGCCUGGCAAACAGAAAUGCCUCAUUACCCAACCACUGGGGCUUCUCAUUGCUGAGCUGCUUCCCCAACGUGGAAAUUCGUCCCUUGGAUUUGCCAGAGCUAUUCUCUGGGACACCUCUAGCACAAUGGUAUUUGCAGGCUCAGCAGCGCUGGGAACCUUAUUUCCUACCCAUCCUGUCUGAUGCCUGCAGAAUUGCCAUCAUGUGGAAAUUUGGUGGCAUCUACCUGGACACAGACUUCAUUGUGCUUAAGAACUUAAAGAACCUCACCAAUGUGCUUGGCACCCAGUCCAAGUAUGUACUGAAUGGAGCCUUUCUGUCCUUUACACCCAAACACAAGUUCAUAGAGCUUUGUAUGCAGGACUUUGUGGAGAACUACAACAGCUGGAUCUGGGGGCAUCAAGGCCCACAGCUCCUAACGCGUGUCUUUAAGAAAUGGUGUUCCAUCAGGAGUCUUCGGAGCAGUAAGAGCUGCAAAGGGGUGAGUGCUCUGCCCCGAGAGGCUUUUUAUCCCAUUCGAUGGCAGGACUGGAAGAAAUACUUCGAAGUGGUCAGCUCCACUGAGCUGAAUGAACUCCUGAAGAACACCUAUGCUGUGCAUGUAUGGAACAAGAAGAGCCAAGGGACAAGGCUAGAGAUCACAUCGCAGGCUUUGCUGGCUCAGCUGCAUUCUCUUUUCUGCCCUGCCACAUAUGAUGUCUUGAAGAUGGACUUUAAAUGGCACUGACUCGAAGGAUCAGCUAACAGACAUUGCCUGGAAGCUCCCAACCCUUCAACUGUUCCAUCUCAGAUAAAUGAAGUGAAGGUGCUGGGAGUUGAGGAUAAAAGCCAUUGUGGGGUUUAGAUGGAGCCUGUAUUUUCAGCCCAUCUGUGCAGCUCUUUGUCUUGAUUUCAACAGUAUUUUGGUUCUCUGCAGGGCCUUCCUUCUGCUCUCCUCAGUCAGGUGGAGGAAUCUCAGGAUGAGGAGUGAGUGCCGGGCCACUUGUGGCAGCCUCCAUAAACCUCUUGGAAUAAGACUCCUUUCUGUAGCUGCAAAUUUGGAAGAGACCUUGUAGAAAUGUGUAUCUCAUGCUUUGUCACUGACUCAAAGCAACAAAAGGAUGGGAGAGCCAAGAACAGAGGUUAAGUGUGUGCUUGAAGAGGUGCCUUGAGAAAAAAAGGAAAACAGAGACGAAAGGUGAAAUGGCUAAGCUGAUGUCUUUUUCUUUUCAUUCCUUUCUCUUCUGAGGACUUUGAUGGAAGAGACUCUCAUGUCUGGUCCAAGGAGAGAACAGGACACUGGAGUCUCUGCUCAGUGUUGUAGGUCUAAAGACUUGCGUGGAAAUUCGACAUGAAUCAGAAUGUGAGGAUUUGAGUUUAGUUCAUCAUUUAGAAGGAGUUCUUGCACAGCAGUGAUUUGUGUUUUAGUAAUAGCAAAUUAACAUCCUGUAGUGAGCAGGAGAGCUCUCCCAAAUCACGCCUUAGAUUGCAUGUGACACAGGAAGAGCUGAACUGUCUUUUACACUGGGCUUGUAAGUGUGACCAAAUUUCCGUAACUGCAUCUGUGAUCUUUCAGUGCUUAAACUGAUCCUAAAGGGAAAGAAGUGAUACUUCCAAGUAUUCCCAAAGUUAGAGAGUUUGGUGGAAACCUCUACUGUCUAAAUUCAAGUCCAGGAACUGAGCCAUUUAUGAUGGGCUUCUUCAGGAGCCCUCUUGCAGUUCACUCUUCAUUGUGCAGGAGUGUAAAUCUCUCCAGGGAGGUCUGGAGAAGUGCAGUGAAAAGAUUCACUCUUCUCCUCUGAGUAUUUCACUGAAUUAUGAUGGAGAAAGUUAGUGUAUCACUCUUACGGUGCUGUCGUGCCUUUGGUGGUUCCACCAUAGAGGCAAAUUUGUUGGACGUAUGAUGGCACAAAAAUUGUCCUUUGCUUUGAUAGCCAAAAGGAUGUAUUGGUGCUCUUACAGUUCAUUAUAUAAAAAUAUCAGAGAAAGAGCAGCAAGAAGUAAAAGUAAGGUGGAAACCAGAAGCUUUCUUACACCUGUUCCUCACCACAACCUAAAGGGGUUUUCUGAGGUUCAUGAGCUGACACUACAGUGGGAUUGACAGAGGUGAACAAAGUAUUGGCCAUCCCCUCUCCUACACUGAUCUCAUUGUAAAGUCUUUUCUGCCUCUAGUAGGAGGAUUUUCUUACCCCUAGGAGUGGGGUACUCCAGUGACCCUUCUGAUGACCACGAGUCAGUGGGAUCUCCAGUGUCACGAAGCCUCAUAGCAAGAGCUCUUAAAAGGAGUGCUACCUGCAAGUCCUCUGAGGGUGACACAGAUGACUGCUAGGUUUGCAGUUUUCUGAGGCCUCUUCUGUUUCCCAUGUCAGAUAGAAGCAAGGUGAGGUUUGUUCAACUUAGCCAAGAGAAAAAGAAUAUGCGUGCAGUGACAACAUUUCACAGGUUGUCUUGGGUUUAUUUCUCUUUUCUUGGAGGAUAAAAACAAGAAAGCCAAAUUGCCCAUCACUUUUCCACACCGGUUCCCUGUCUGCUGGGGAACAUGGCUUUGGGAUCUUAGGAAAUUGUGCACCUUUUGUUUAUUUGCAUGCUGAGCUGUCUGACCGGAAGCUGCUGCUGCUCUGCAACGAAAGCAACCCGCCUACCACCUGGGCAAGGCAGGAGCUCUGUGCACAGGCAGCUGCUCUGGAAUGAAGAAGUUGUUGGAAACACCCUUCCAGUGGGUACCUCCACACGUGUACAUAUAUAUGUCAUGCUGUGUCAUAGUUUUGGCCGGGGUGGAGUUCUUUCCCCACAGCAGCCCAUAUAGUGCUAUGCUCUCCAUAUCUAGCUGGAACAGCAUUGACAUUGCACUGAUGUUUUGUCCGUGCUCUCAUGGCAACGAAACUCUCUCCACUCCCAAAAGGGCAGCAGGCUGGGGGUAGGCAAGAGAUUGGAAUGGGACAUUGCCAGGACAGCUGAUCUAAACUGACCAACUGACCGAAGGGGCAUUCCAUGCUGCAUGUCGUCACGCUCAGCAAUAAAAGCUGGAAAGAAGAAGGAUAUGGAGGGGCCCUUGUUAUGAAAAUGUCUGUCCUUCUGAACAACUGUGUCAUAUAUUGAGGCCCUGCUUCCCAAGAUGUGUCCAAAGAUCACUUGUUAAUGGACAGUAGAGAUGAAUUGUUCUCUCUCGCUUUGCUUCUGCACAGCCUUUGUUUGUUUUUCUCUUUUUUCCCCUUCAAUUAAAUUGUCUUUAUCUCAAUUUGAGAGCUUUUUUUUUUUCCCCCAAUCCUAUUUUCUCCCCGUUUCUUUGAGGCAGUGGAGUGAGAGAGCAGUGUGGUGGAAUUCAACCAGCCAUCAGUGCUAAACCACCGCAUGCUGCCCCUUUGUUCUGCUCAGCUUUAUGGCAUAUGCUGGAGACAUUCAGGAUUUUGAAUCUUUGUAGCUCUCUAAGCACUGAACAUCUUUAAGAACAGCUUUGUGGGAAGCAGCAGAUCUUCCUGACUGUUCAAGUGGUCUUCACCACAAUAAAUGGUAUAAAUAGAUGAUAUUUUCACAUCAUGCUCUAUCUAUACCUACUCAUCCCCCCCCCCCACACACACUGCUUUCUUUAGAAGCAGCCACAGAAUCAACCCUGGCCUAUUAUGUGUCCGGUAGAACAUGGUUUCUCCUUCUAAAGAUUGUUUCUGAUUUGGGCUCUUUGUGCUAAGCAACAAAAACCGCAGUGAGCCACGAGCCAAGGAAGGUAAAAUGGUGUCUCAUGAUUGUAAAGCCGUAACAGAAUCUCUACUGUGGCAAUAUCAGGGACUGAUUACAGACGUUUGGGACCUACUAAACAUUGGACUUGGUGUACUACUGCUUACUCUAAGGAAGUGCCUUUUUGCAUAGUGAAAUGUUUUUGUUGGUGUUUUGUUUUUUGUUUUCUGGUUGGGUUUUUGUGUGUGUGUGUGUAUUUUUUUUUCCCUGUAGAGUCAGUGUUCCGAGGUUAUAAGCAGAGAAUCAAACCAAAGCAGUCUUUGACCCUCCAUCUUGUGAAAGCAAAAUAAACACAGUUUUAUUAUUUCUUCUCCCUA